GCUUUUAAACUCCAAAAACCUAAGAUAUUUCUUAUUGGAGUGGUUGCUGAAAAUACUUUGGGGAUUGAGGCUGGGAAAUAUUUCUCGGCCAAGUAUUCCGGCUGCAAAAGACUCUCACCAUACUCGUACUCGUACAGUAAUGAUGGAGCACAGUACCGUACAACACUCGUACUCGUACAGUGCGGCGCGCCACGAUCGAUCGGACCAGGAGUCGAAUUGUCUCAGGGCUCGCUACUCGGGGGUGAAGGAAGUGGGAUCCAUCCAGACCCCCCCACUCAAGCCUUAAAUGCCUCCAAGAUUCCCAACAGGUACCGUUGGGAUUUCACAGCUAGAGCUCAAUACUGCUAGUUCUCUAACCGUGCGUACUCGUACAAGCGCGAUUUCCCCCACCGCCUUAGGUCCUUAUGACGGGAGUGGGACGUUUGCAGGGAAAAAAGGAUCGCCUGGUGCAUCAUUCCCACGACAGUUAGUCUCAGCACGGCUCCGUUGGUUCUCCGGUACUCAUUCUUCACCCAGGCUUCGCUCACACUCACUCACUCACUUUCUGAACGAAAUUUGGUGACAUCAUGGCAACGGUGGUCUGCGUCAUUGCUGGGUGGAGGGAGAGGGAGGGAGGGAAACGAACAAACUUCCUCCUCCACAUUCCAACCGCUCUUCCCCUCUCUUCACUCUGCCAUUACUUCUCCAGGCAAUGCAUAUUAGCAGCUGAUUCCCUUUCAUCUACUCGAGUAUCAGUCCUUCUUCCUUCCUCGCUUCCUAUCGUUUGAUCGUACUUUGUGCGUUAAUCCCUUCUCCGGUGAUACCAUACUGGUAUCAAUCCUCGUUCCCGUUGAACCAGGCCAUCCUUGCACUUCUCAUCCGGGCACCCCCACAUCUGUUGAUCAACCACCUCACCUCUUUACCAUCACCCCCAUCAUCCUUUUAUUCCUGCGAGAACGAACAUCAUCAAUUGUAGUAGUCAUGCAUCGAACUUAUUCAAUGCGCCAGUCGCGCGCACCAACCCAAUCACAGAUUGAGAAACCACCUCCACCACCUAGUAGCACCAAGGUUGGCAGGUUGUUUGGUGGGGGAAAUUUUGGUCAUAACCUUCGUAAAUCUAUGGCCGGCGCAUAUGGACCGGAAUUGGCAAAAAAGCUCUCGCAACUCGUGAAGAUGGAGAAGAAUCUUAUGAGGUCUAUGGAGCUCGUUGGCCGUGAGCGCCGUGAUGUUGCUCGGCAGCUUUCUAUUUGGGGAGAAGAAUGUGAUGAGGACGUUUCAGAUAUCACCGACAAGUUGGGCGUGCUCAUAUUCGAGAUCGGAGAGCUUGAGGAUCAGUUCAUUGAUCGCUACGAUCAGUAUAGGGUUACCAUCAAGAGUAUCAGGAAUAUUGAAGCUAGCGUGCAGCCUAGCCGGGAUCGCAAACAGAAGAUCACGGAUCAAAUUGCCCAGUUGAAAUACAAGGAUCCGAAUUCUCCCAAGAUCGUUGUCCUUGAACAGGAAUUGGUUCGUGCGGAGGCCGAGUCACUUGUUGCUGAGGCUCAGCUGUCAAAUAUCACCCGCGAGAAGAUCAAGUCUGCGUUCACCUAUCAGUUUGAUGCGCUCCGCGAACACUCGGAGAAAUUGGCAUUGAUCGCGGGGUACGGGAAACACCUAUUGGAACUUAUCGAUGACACGGCAGUUACUCCCGGUGAAACUCGAGAAGCUUAUGACGGCUACGAAGCGAGCAAAAGCAUCAUUCAAGAUUGUGAGGAUGCUCUCACCAGCUGGGUCGAAUCAAAAGCGGCUGUUAAACCACGUUUGUCUGUGCGUGGUUCUCGCCAACGUCGUACUCACGGUCGUGGAACUCGCAGUGGAAAUAUUGGUGAGCCAGUCUCUUUGACCGACCAGGAUAGACCGAUGCGUGGUUCAGGCGUAUGGGUUCCUGCAGAUGAGCAUGAACGCCACCGCACCCAUGGAGCUCCGGCCCUUAAUCGUGCCGAUGACGAUGACCAGUACGAAGACAUUACCGAUGAUGAAGUAGAUCGCGGACACCAUCGCGGCAGCCGGAGGCAUGAGCGUGACCACGAACAUGACCAUGGCGCCGACAGGCGCCAAUCUCCCCGCAAUCGUGAUGGUAAGAACGCUGAUGGCCUCAACGGCGACGCCCACUCCCGUGACCGUGAGGAUGAACGUGGCGCGGUCCCUCAGGAUUGACAGACGUCGACUGGGGACGUCGGGAAGGAGACGACGUCCGGGGAUAUGAACACGGCGACGACGAUAGCAACGACACAACCGGUGGUUUUUCCUACAGGAUAUAAUAACAGCAUUCAUAAUACUACAUCUUCCAUUCUUACACCAGGUAAUUACCCUCCAGGAACCUAUCCUACUGCACCUGCUACUAGUACCACUACCACCGCGGGCGACUGCAAGGACAACAAGCCAACUGCACCAAUAACAACCCCAACUUCAUCCACCCAACCCACUAGUAUUAUGCUCCCCCCAGCCCCAACCCCACCCCGCAACACCACCAACCCCCUCGCAGAAGAACAACAGUCGGGACAGGAAUACCGAAGACCAAUGCGGACAACCAUGCGGGACGACCCCAAAUACCAAGAGCAAAAAGAAGAUGGCGGCAGAGCACUUCGGGGCGAAGCGGAGAGAGAGCGGGACUUGAGAUCUACUGUUGAUAAGCAGCACGAUAGUGAUAGUGCCGGGGGGGAUGUUGUGGACGAGAAGGGAGAGAAUGCCGGUCUUUUCGGAAGGGUAGCAGAGAAGCUUGGGCAUGCUUUGGGGGUUGAGACUUGAUUAAUGAAUAAUUGUUAUUUUUGCUUUCUUGUUCUCUUGUUUGGUUGUUGUGGUUGGUUAGUUAGGGGUUCUUGGGGUGGUGGGUGGAUGGCUGGGGAUAAUAAUGUGGAUGUGAAAGUGUAUGAUGUUCCGACACUCUUUUUUUCACUCUUUUAACACGAACACAAUGUGUCCUCCAUAAUUGAAUGUAUAACUC